AUGGCAGACGAUGUCUCCAACUUCAUUGCUGACCACGGUCUUCGGGAAACUACACUGAUAGGCCAUUCAAUGGGAGCUAAGACUGCUAUGACACUGGCUUUACGGUCACCAAAAGAUGUAGCAGAUAUUAUUGCCGUCGACAAUGCCCCGGUGGAUUCGCUCUUGGGCUCAGAUUUCUCCUCCUACAUCCGUGGUAUGAAGAAAGUCGACCAGUCUCACGUCACAAAAUUAGCGGAAGCAGACAAAAUUCUACAGGAAGUUGAGAAUUCUCUCCCGAUUCGACAAUUCCUGUUAGGAAAUCUUCACCGUGAACCUGGUCAGAACAUUCAGACGUUCAGAAUUCCUUUAGAUACACUGGGUGCUGCUCUGGGUCACCUGGGCGACUUUCCUUUUAAGGACCCCAACCAAUUUCGUUUCGAAAAGCGGGCUCUGUUCGUGCGCGGCACCAAGAGUAAAUACGUGCCUGAUGAGGUACUUCCAGCCGUGGGGCAAUUCUUUCCCAAGUUUCGUUUGAUCGACAUCGACGCUGGCCACUGGGUCAUCUCAGAAAAGCCGGAGGAGUUCAGAGCAGCUGUAGUGGAGUUUCUACAGAACCAGGACUGA